UAGAGUUGGCGGCCGGGGUGAGUGUGUUUGGAAAAGUUUGUUUCGAACUAACUUCUUUCCGGACCGAGGCACAAUAAUACGAGCAUGACAAGGAACUAUUUAUUAGUGUAUUUUCUUUCGUCCCACGUGGAUCAGCUAGUAGACUAGUGCUGGCUGGUUGGCUCAUACAAUCUGCUCGUAAAAGUGCAGAGAAGUGAUAGACACGGUCCCGGGGUAAACGCUUGUAACGUUUCGCCAUAAUGGAGCAACAACCAGCGACGACUACAGCUGGGCCAAGUUCUGGGGCAAUGGCCACAGCCACUACAGUUCCGACACUGGUAGCGGCAACAGCUAUUUUGCCCCGGAAGCCAUCACCAAAUGUGAACCCCUCGCCUGGACCCAAACCGGGACGUUUCUUUGGAUCUGCUUUCAAUAUCACAAAUCGGUACCGGGCCAACAGUAGCAACUUGGGGAAGGUUAGUCUGGCCAUAACAAACCUCAAGGUCAUCAAUAACGUUCCGCUACCCCCACCAAUUUGUGCCAUGGUCGCCAACGAUACGCCUCCGGUACUAAAAUACCAACCGUCAUAUCAGCUACAAUCAAAAAAUCCCUUCAACCGGGAGGCCUGCGAAGUCAUACUGCGGGAAGCAUUAGACAAAGCUCUCCAGGGGGUGGAAUACAGCUCCUAUUUCGCACCAUCCCUCUGCCAACAGAUUUGCGAGGACGUUAAAUCGAGAGUAAAGGAGCUGAACUUUGAACGAUACAAAAUCGUUGUCACCGUUACGAUGGGCGAACGGUACAUGCAAGGACUGAAAUCAAUUGCCCAGUUCCUGUGGGAUCCAGAAAAGGAUAGCUACGUGUCCUGUAUCUACGAUUCUUCGCCGAGCUUGUUUGCCGUUGCCACCAUAUAUGCGAUAUAUUUUGAAUGAGGAAGGAACAACACUGCACUGGUUGAGGCGAAAGGUCUCCAUUGCAAAGGCAGAGUAGAUUACCGUUGAUUGAUGUUAUUAUUACUUUUACCUGUUACUGUUGAAUUACCUUUACCGAUAAUUAGUGAUAUGAAUAAUAAAAUAGCUAAU